UUCCGGGUGACGCCUUCUGGUUCAGGGGGUGGUCUGUUGUAGCACUGUAGACUGUGAGGUGGAGAAAUUGGCAACAAGGAGACUACAGCGAGGCCUGAAAGACUGUACAGUCGGGCAGGAGACGUGGCUCGGAGUUGCAGCCAGGCGCAAUGUCUGAUAAGCCACUAGGAACGUGACCGCUCCGAGACCGAUGCAGGACCUCACCGGACACAUCGAGUGAGCCUCGUCUUGGCGGGGCCUAAUUUCCAGCGGUCGGCUAGGCCUCACCGGAGCCCCAUUGCUGUGGCUGCUAUUCUGGAACGAGGAGAUGGCGACCCCGAGCCCACUGCUGGAGCCAAAGAAUUGGCCUUGAGACAACCGGAACUGACCACCGAAAUCACUGUUUCGGCAGUUGCUGACAUUUGAGGGCGUGGCUAUGUUUCUUCACCCAGGAGGAGUGGGAUUAUCGGGAUCCAGCACGGAGGAACCUGUAUAGAGAUGUCGUGAUGGACAGUUAUGGAAACCUGCUCUCGCUCGGUGUUUUGCCAUGAGUGUCAGAUUCCCUGGAACUAGAGCUACAGACAGUUGUGAGCUACCAUAUGUUUUAAACAGAAAUAAAGGUGAAGAGCCAACUGUGAAAGAAGAAAUUGAGGAAGGCAUAGAACCACCAGGUGUAAUAGUAACAAGAAUCAAAAGUGAAAUUGACCAGGAUCCUAUAGGUAGAGAAACGUUUGAACUUGUUGGUAAGCUAGAUAAACAAAGAGGGAUCUUCUUAUGGGAAAUACCACGUGAAUCUCUGACCCAGGAACAGAAAAAGUGCAGAGGACACGCUAAUGUUCGAAAGAGACCAAACUCGGAAGAGAAGUGUCAUAAAUGUGAAGAGUGUGGAAAGGGUUUUGUCCGCAAGGCGCAUUUCAUUCAGCAUCAGAGGGUCCAUACUGGUGAGAAGCCUUUCCAGUGCACCGAGUGUGGGAAGAGCUUCAGCCGGAGUUCCUUUGUUAUCGAACACCAGAGAAUCCACACGGGGGAAAGGCCCUAUGAAUGCAGUUACUGUGGGAAAACCUUUAGCGUCAGCUCCACUCUUAUCAGACACCAGAGAAUCCACACCGGAGAGAGGCCUUACCAGUGUAGUCAGUGUAAACAGAGCUUCAGCCAGAGAAGGAGCCUUGUUAAACAUCAGAGGAUCCACACAGGCGAGAAACCCCAUAAAUGCAAUGACUGUGGAAAAGCUUUCAGUUGGAAAUCACACCUUAUUGAGCACCAGCGAACACACACUGGUGAGAAACCCUAUCACUGUACCAAAUGCAAAAAAAGUUUCAGCCGGAACUCACUGCUCGUGGAACACCAGAGAAUCCAUACUGGAGAACGGCCUCAUAAGUGUGCUGACUGCGGGAAAGCUUUUAGAUUAAGUACAUACCUUAUACAACACCAAAAAAUACACACUGGGGAGAAGCCUUUUCUUUGUAUUGAAUGUGGGAAAAGUUUCAGUCGGAGCUCAUUUCUUAUUGAACAUCAGAGAAUCCAUACUGGUGAGCGUCCUUACCAAUGCAAAGAGUGCGGGAAGAGCUUCAGUCAGCUUUGCAACCUUACUCGUCAUCAGAGAAUCCACACAGGAGAUAAACCCCACAAGUGUGCGGAAUGUGGAAAAGCCUUCAGCAGAAGCUCAGGACUAAUUCAGCAUCAGAGAAUACAUAUCAGGGAAAAGACUUCUCCAUACAGUGAGGCUAAGGAAAGUUUUGAUCCAACCGGCAGUCUUGAUGCACAGCAGGACGCCUACCCCAAGGAAAAGUCUUACAAAUGUGAGGAGUGUGGGAAAACCUUCAGUGUCAGCGCACAUCUGGUACAGCAUCAGAGGAUCCACACGGGUGAGAAGCCCUACCUGUGCACUGUCUGUGGGAAAAGCUUUAGCCGGAGCUCGUUCCUCAUCGAGCAUCAGAGAAUCCACACUGGUGAGAGGCCUUACUUGUGCAGGCAGUGUGGCAAAAGUUUCAGUCAGCUUUGUAAUCUUAUCCGACAUCAGGGUGUUCACACCGGUAAUAAACCCCACAAAUGUGAGGAAUGUGGGAAAGCCUUCAGCAGGAACUCGGGUCUCAUUCAGCACCAGAGAAUCCACACAGGAGAGAAACCUUACAGGUGUGAGCAGUGUGACAAAAGCUUUAGUCAACAGCGCAGCCUCGCCAACCACCAGAAGAUCCACAGAGAGGUGAGAGCCCAGGAAGUCUACGAGUGUGAUGCUUGUGGUGAAGCCUUUCAUUGUCAGCUGUCUCUAAUUCAGCAUCAAAAGUUGCAUAUUCUGUGGAUGCAGUAAAAUUAGAGACACUUGGAUGCCCAAACCUGAGACUAGCUACCGAAGUGCAGUUUUAGUAUGGCUCCAGUGUGGGUCAGAUAUAGUGAGAAAACAAUUUUUCCUUGGCCUUGUGCAAAUAGUUUCUAAAGAUCCUAUGAAUAGUGGACAGUGCCUGUGGAAAACUGACUUAACAAUUACUCUUGGUUUUGUACCCUCAGAGAUUUGUUGGUCUGUCUAAACCUAACCUUUUAGGUGAGUUGACUGGACAAAUCAUAAAUGUUCUGAAGGACCAAGUGAAUUAAUGCAAGGGAACUAGGAACAACUGAUAGAAAGCUUUAAAUAAUUCAGAAAGUCUUGUGUCCCCAUCUCCUAGAGUUACCCUUCAGUUCUACAAGUCAAACCUCAGUGAGUAAGCAAAUGUAAUUUGGGAAAGUCCAGGUAUGUUCAAAGUCACUAUACACUCUUUAUCGUUGUCUAAAAAAGUUGUGUGGAAAAUUAGUUGUGAAAAGUGGAAACUCCCUUGCUUCCCUGGGUGAUAAAAUGAGUGAGUGAAUCAAGUUAUGAAGGUCUUUGUAGGCAAUUAAACCAAUAAAGUUGUUACCAAGGAGUCUUUGGGAGUCUUCCCCUGAUCCCCAAAAAGGGCCCCAAAAGAUAGAUCACUGGUUUAUUUUGUGCUGUGCCAUCUGUGAAACCUGUUUGUAAUACUAUAUCAAUAUAAAUUUAUUCCUGCAUAAUCGGGAACAUGUGAAAGUGUACAUAUUUUGAUUACCAAGAAUUGGACAUAAAAAAGACCUAAAGUAUAUGCUAAAAAAUUUAGAUAUUUUGGUAGUUUUUUAGGUUUUAUGGUAGAUUUGCAUCCAAGUUUUAAAUCUUCAUUCUUGAUUCUAGGUCUUUUUUUAGUUAAAACUUAUAUGCUUAUUAAUUUAUGUAUCUUAAUCAUUAAAACCUAUUUGGGUUUUA